AUACAAUUUUUGGCAGCCGGCGAGUGUCGGUGGUAUAAAGCCCGUUGACAGCAGGCGACCGACUAUCAGUGUGACUAGUUUCGUGAGACGUGCAGCACACACGCGGCAAUGAAGGUCCUGAUAGUACUUCUCGCCCUCACGGCAUGCUCCUCGGCGACACUCGAUGCGCUCUUCAGCAAAGGUAAAGGUGGUGGUGGCGGCGGCGGAGGUCUCGGCGGUCUUACCGAACUGUUCGACAUAAGCGGACUUCUCGGUGGACUAUUGGGAGGCGGCGGCGGUGGCGGUGGAGGUAGACCCCCACCACGACCAGUGUAUGGACCACCGCCACCACCGCGACCCGUCUAUGGACCACCUCCGCCAAGACCGGUGUACGGUCCGCCACCACCACGACCGUCCUACGGACCACCGGCACCAGUUUAUGGACCACCUCCACCCGGUCCAGCCUAUGGACCUCCACCACGUCCAAUCUUGAGUGGACCACCCGCGCCUGUUUAUGGACCACCGCCACCACAUCAUCCGCCUCCACCACCACCUCCACCAGCAUAUGGCCCACCACCACGACCACUUCCUCCACCACCACCACCAGCUCCAGUUUACGGACCCCCAGCGUACCAUCCACCGGCACCGAUCUUCCAGUCAUCCCCUCCCGCGCCCCAGUAUGCACCACCUCCGCCAGCCCCGGCUCCACAAUACGGACCACCUCCGCCAGCCCCGAUCUUCCAAUCCUCCCCACCAGCACCCCAGUACGGCCCACCUCCACCAGCCCCGGCACCACAGUAUGGACCACCUCCGCCAGCCCCGAUCUUCCAGUCUUCCCCGCCAGCACCCCAGUAUGUACCACCAGCGCCAGCACCACAGUACGGUCCCCCACCAUCUGCACCAGCUCCUCAGUAUGGACCGCCUCCAGCGCAGCAAUAUCAUUCCGCUCCGGCGAUAACGGUCGUUGAGGCUCCCCGAAUCGAGUACCUGCCCCCGGAGCAGAUCCAACAACUGCCCCUGCAGGAUACCAACGUGAACUUCAGUGGAGUGAGCUCGAGUGCGGUCGCUUCCGGUAGUAUCACCGGCGGUGGUGAUUCUGGCUACCACUACGGUAUUGGUCACGGCUCUGGACACUGACACUGACAGAUAUGAACGCACGCGAACAAAAAAAAAACAUUUCCCCCCCCCCCCCAUACUUCUCUUGCAUUCCCCCCGUUUUUCGGAGAGAAGUACUCACACUCACAAACUUAGCUAGGAUUGUGCAAUACCAAAAAACACGGUUUUACUAUAAGGAACUGACUCCCUACCCUCUAUUUCCCUCGAUUGCGUACCACCAAUGAAUUGAAAAUUUCAAUUUCUUGUUAACUGAGGAUGGUGUCGAAUCACUUGCUAGUCACACUCACUAUCCUACACUUCAAUCUUCCUGUAUCUAUCCGAUUUUUUCCCUUUACUAUAUGCGUACAAAUAAUACCUAGCCAGUGACUAUCCCCCUCUCCUCCCCCCACAGAGGAAUCUUAGUUCAAAGCAACCAAUUUUAGCAUUAGAAGCAUGUAACGAAAACUGCCAGAAGCGAAGGGGCGUAACGUUCGUACGCCGAGAUGUGUUUCGAGCCGAAAAUAUUGCUCAAUUGAAGCGUAGAUGCUGCAGAAAAAAAAGUAGAAAGCUAUUUCGCACAAACGGAAAUCCUGCUAUUAGUUAAUUUAUGUGUUUGUAAAUUAAUGUAAGGACGUUCGUUAUAGCAGGUCUGAAGAGCAAAUCGGUAAGCUUUUUUUUAUUUGUAAGUCGAAGAUAGCGUAAAUAUCUCUUCUCAUUUUAUUGGUUCUUACACAACCUCUGAAUGCCAUAUUUAAGGAGAAAAGUUAUGUAUAGCGAAAGAAAAUGUGAAAAACUUCAAAUAAAA